AUGGCUUUAGUAUCAGCAGCUCCUUACUUGGCUUUAUUAAAUGAGCAUGAUACAAGCUUAAAGAAAUAUGCUUUGAAUUCAUUAAAUGAUAUAGUGGAUGAAUUAUGGUCAGAAAUUGCCAAUAAUAUCGAUCAAUUAGAAGAAUUAUAUGAAGAUGAUUCAUUUGAAAAUAGGAAAUUAGCUGCUUUAAUUAUUUCCAAAGUUUAUUAUAACUUAGGAGAUUUUGAAGCUUCAGUUAAAUAUUCCUUAUUAUCGGGGGAUGAAUUCAAUAUUGAAGAACAAUCUCAAUAUAUUGAAACUAUUGUUUCUAAAUGUAUUGAUUUAUAUACUAACUUAUCUCAACAGAAAUUCCAAGAUGAUUCAAUAGUAAUUGAUAAACAAUUGAGUGAAAUCUUUGAAAAAAUGUUAAAGAAAUGUUUUGAUUUGAAAGAUUAUAAAUUAGCUUUAGGGAUUUCUUUAGAAAGUUUCAGAUUAGAUAUUGUUGAAAAGAUCUUAAAUUUACAAAUUGAAACUAACAUUGAUCAAGCUUUAAGUUUAAUAAAUUAUGUUUUAGUUUGUACUAACACUGUUAUUAGUAAUUUCAACUUCAAAACCAAAGUAUUGAAUUCAUUAAUUGAUAUUUUAUUAACUAUUAAGACUAAUCCUGAUUUCUUUAUCAUUUUCAAAAUUAUUGUUCAAUUGAAUGAAUCUCAAUUAGCAGGAAAAAUCUUUAAAGAAUUAAUCAAAUCUGAACCAUUAAUUGCAUACCAAGGAGCUUUUGAUUUAGUUAAUUCAGGAUCUCAAGAAUUAUUGGAAAAUAUCAUUAAAUAUUUAAAAGAUGAUAAAGAAUUUGAUGAUGAAUCAUCAGAAGAAUCAAAAUUAAUUAAUAUUUUAACUGGGGUUCCAACUUGUGAUUUAAAUAUCACUUUCUUAUAUAAAAAUAACCAUACUGAUAUAACUAUUCUUAAUAAAACUAAGAACUUAUUAGAAGGUAGAUCAUCAAUAUUCCAUUCAGCUGUAACUUUUGCUAAUGCUUUUAUUCAUGCUGGUACAACUGAUGAUUCAUUUUUCCGGAAAAACUUAGAAUGGUUAGGAAAAGCAACCAAUUGGUCAAAAUUUUCUGCCACUGCUGCUUUAGGAGUUAUUCAUAAAGGUAAUUUAUCUCAAGGUCGUAAUAUCUUAAAACCUUAUUUACCAGGUUCUUCAGGUUCAGCUCAUACUAAAGGGGGAUCAUUAUUUGCUUUAGGGUUGAUCUUUGCUGGUCAUGGUAGAGAAACUAUCGACUAUUUAAAGAAAUUCUUGGAUGAUAAUGGUUCAUCAGCUGGUUCUAAUGAUACUGACGUUAUGUUACAUGGUGCAUGUCUUGGAUGUGGGGUAGCUGGUAUGGCUACCAAUAAUGAAUCUUUAUAUGAAGCUUUGAAAGUAGUUUUAUAUUCUGAUUCUGCCAUUUCUGGUCAAGCUGCAGGUUUAGCUAUGGGUUUAGUAAUGUUAGGUUCUGGUAAUGAACAAGCUAUUGAAGAUAUGUUAACUUAUGCCGAAGAAACUCAACAUGAAAAUAUCAUUAGAGGUUUAGCUAUUGGUAUUGCUUUAUUAAAUUUCGGUCAAGAAUAUAAAGCUGACAAAUAUAUUGAUGAUUUAUUAAAGAAAGAAAGUUCUAUUUUAAGAUAUGGUGGGGUUUUCACCAUUGCUUUAGCUUAUGCUGGUACUGGUAAUAAUCAAGCCAUUAAAAAAUUAUUACAUUAUGCAGUUUCUGAUCCUUCUGAUGAUGUGAGAAGAGCUUCAGUUAUGUGUUUGGGAUUUGUUUUAAUCAGAGAUUAUACUUCAACUCCAAAAAUCGUCGAAUUAUUAUCUCAAUCUCAUAAUCCUCAUGUAAGAUAUGGUUCAGCUAUGGCUUUGGGGAUUUCAUGUGGUGGUAAAAAUUUAGCUUCAGCUUUAGAUGUUUUACAACCUUUAACUUCUGAUCCUGUUGAUUUCGUCAGACAAGGGGCUCUUAUGGCUUCUUCGAUGAUUUUAAUUCAACAAAAUGAACAUGUUAAUCCUAAAGUUAAAGAAUUCAAUAAGAAAUUAUCCGAUACCAUUAAGAAUAAACAUGAAGAUGCUUUGGCUAAAUUUGGAGCCACAUUAUCUCAAGGAAUAAUUGAUGCAGGUGGACGUAAUGUUACCAUAACUUUGGAAAAUCCAAAUACCAACACUUUAAAUAUGAAAUCAAUUGUUGGUUUAGCAGUAUUUGUUCAAUCUUGGUAUUGGUUCCCAUUAUCACAUUUCUUAUCAUUAUCUUUCACCCCAACUGCUAUCAUUGGUAUAACUAAAGAUUUAAAAAUCCCUAAAUUUGAAAUUAAUUGUCAUGCUAAAGAAAAAUUCUUUGAAUAUCCAAAGAGUGAAGAAAUCAAAGAAAAUAAGAAAGAAGGUGUAACUGCUGUUUUAUCAACUACUGUUAAGGCAAGAGCUAGAGCUAGAAAGAGAAAAGAUGAUAUGGAUAUUGAUGAAAAACCUGAAGUUAAAGAAGAAAAAGUUGAUGACAAAGAUUCAGACAAAGAACCUGAGAAAGAGGAUGAUAAGGAAGAAGAAAAAGAAAAAGAAGAGCCCCUUAAAUAUUGUAAAACUCCUUAUAAAAUCGAAAACUUAUCUCGUGUUGUUCCUUGGCAAACUAAUUACAUAUCGUUAACUAAAGAAAGAUUCGUGCCCAUUAAUAAAUCCAGAGGUAAUAGUGGUAUCAUCAUUUUAGAAGAUACUAAACCUAAAGAAAAAUUAGAAGUCAUCAAAACUGUCAGACAAUUAAAUGUCACUGAAGCACCAAUUCCUCAACCUUUCACAUUAUCAGGAGAUGAUUUGAAAGAUGAAUAG